GUCAGUUGGCGUCGCGACGCCGUCGCUAGAGGUAUCUGAAAGUCACGUACGAUACAAUUCCCGGAUUUUCUCCGUUCCUAACACAAGCGGGGACAAUUAUCGAAAAGUUCACACAGUGCACGCGAUCAGUGAACACCGCGAUUUCAUUCUCGUAGCCAGUUAAUCUUUAACAAUUAGUUUUUUCUGAUAAAAUAUCAAAUUUAUAAAAUUAAUAAAAUGCUGACAAAUUGUUAAAUAUUCGAAAAAAAGAAAUCAACGUAACGUGAGAUAAUAUUGUGAAAUAAAUGCUCCGAAUCGAUGUGAAUCUUUGGAUGUAUGUAGCUUCCAAGAGGAUGGAAAUAACAAAUUCUUUUCUAAGAUAAAUUUUUGUUGUUAAUCUUUGGAUACAACUUCGAGCAUUGAAAUAAUCAACAUCCCUUCAAAAUAACAAAUUUUCUUUGGAAAUCAAGAACUGAGCUAUGUAAACGAAAUGUGCUAUGUAAAAAUGUAAAUUGUGUUGGUAGUGCAGUAUCGAUGAGACUCGAGCUUUCUAGCUUUGUACAAAUUGUCUUCAGGAGGAGGAGGGCUAAACGCAAUUGUCUUUCAUUAAGGAUCAGCUGUCCUUGAUACAAAUGAUGCGCAUUAAGAUAAUAAAGACUGACACGAUCAUGUUUCCGAUUAGAAUGAAAUGACGAACAAACUUCGUGAUUUCUUCGAUCAGUGAGAAACGAAGGAAUAAGAGAGAUCAGAAAGUGAAUGAAAGGAUUCUUCCUGCCGCAAGAUUUCCUGGAGAUGAGUGGAAAGAGACAACUGUUGGAUUUAUUAGACACGUAUAUUUCAUCGAUGAAAUUAAUCGAGUCGAUUUUACAUUGCAAUCACCCUGAUAUUAAACGAAGCAACAAAUAUUAAAUAUUCCAUUUGAUAAAAUUUCUGGCGAGUAGAUUGUAACGAAUUUUGAACGAAUUCAGCGAACACAGAAAAUUUCAGUAAAGCAAUAAAACGCGUGAUUCUGCGAUUCUACACUUAAACAAGUGUAACAUUCAUUCAACGACUUAAUUAGAUGAGUAACUAAUUAAAAAGGAGAUAAAUUUGAGAUUUCAUCCCCGAGAGAUCUUGGAAAGGCUGAAUUUUACGUGAACAAUGCAUCAAUCUUAAAAAGCUGCACGUGCAGAAAGAGAGAAAAGAAGAGGAAAAAAACGAGAGAAAUUCUCAAGAAAGCGUCGUACUGCAUCGUUAAGUGAAGAAGCUUAUUUCUUUCCCGACGGUUAGCUAACUGACGAUUUUUCCAACUAGAAAAGAGAUUCUCUUGACUGAAGCUUUCGUUUUGAUCCUUCACUCGAUCAUCGAAAGUAUUCCCGCAAUAUUUUCAAGCACGUCGCAUAUCUUUGGAAUUCAACAAAUUCUAUCCUUUUUUCAACAUCUUUAUUAUUAGAUAACAGUCUGCUUUUCGAUCGCCUACACUUCGUUAUUACAUAUUUCUUCGUUCUCUCUUUUAGAAAAGGCGUGAAUCUGAUAAAUCAAUUAAUAGAAAAGGAGUAGAAACUAUUCGUAUACCUGUUGCCUAAAUUCGUCGACACGUUCGCGAACAGUCAAUCUAUUUAUUGCUAAGAUGCAUCUUAUCCGGGGUCAUUGACUCACGGUAUGUCGCUCGAAUAAUUUUAGGCAACAACGAAAUUGGAAAUUAAGUGGGCCACCAAGUUCGAAUUUGAAAGGGAAGAACGGUCAAGAUCAAUGAGUACAUACGUAAUCAUGACUUCUUUCUAAUUACCUCAGACUUCUGUCUUCAACUUUUCUUCGUGUUUUUCUUUUGUAAACUUGAAAAUCUUUCUUUCUCUUUGACCCUUGAAAUAUUAAAGUGAAGAACGAAAAUUACCGAGUGAAUAUUGACUACAUUGUUUCUGAGAUAAUUCCAAGGAACGUAGAAAGAUUCAUACCAAAAUAAAAAAAAAAGAUUUUAAUGUUAAUUGAUUUCUACAGUGACUAUAUUUCGAGAUUUGGAAGAAUCGUAGUUUGAUUUAGUAACAUAGCAAUUGCACAAGCGUGUGGUAUACCGUGAUUCUGUAAUGAUUGAAGACGUGUUUUAGAGGAGAGUUCGAACAUUUUCUUAUCACCGAGUAUACAUCCGGUUGUAAAUUCGCAAAGUGUGUCCAAUUGUCCGACGAUCCGAUUCUCUUAGUAAAUUUUUCGUGGAAUCCUGGUUAAGAUCUGACAACCGAGUUUACCUCGGAUCUACAUCAGCAUUUAUUUAUACGCGUGUUCUCGUAUCAAAUACCAUUGGAAACGUCAAGAAGAAAGUCUUAAUGUUGUUUGAAGUACAAAUACAUGCUAAUAACUCACUCGAUCUUUGGUGAUACAUAAGAUAAAGUAGAAACUAUAUUGUGUUAAAGCACAAAGAGAAGAAAGAGUGAUGGCACUGUGAUAGUUGAUUCCAAAGGCGAGGAAUCAAAAUCGUAAAAAUCAAAUUAAAAAUACAUCAAAUUAGAUACUGCAGAGAUUAAAGAAAUUUUAAUCGAGAUUAUAUUAUAAAUUACGAACUUUUAUUUGUUUUCUUUUCAACAACGAGAAAAUACACUUUAAAAGAAUGUCAGGUUCACCAAAUGGGCGGAAGGCGCCGCCCCCAAGAUUGAAAAUUCAACUUCCGUUACCAGGCCAAUUUUAUCCACAAUCAGGCAUGGGGUACGUUUCAACCCCCUAUGGUCAAACUCCCAUGCCGAUGACUCCUGUUUCCGGUCAACCACAGGUGAUCUAUUCGAAUAAGGCCAGCGAGUUUGUCUUCAGCCAGUUCAAGGGUAUCAAGGAUCUGACCAAAUCCGGGUUGAGCGUCGGUGAGAAGAGCGCGUUCUGGCUUUACGAAAAGUAUCGGAGGCGCGAUGAUAUUUGUCACGAUCGAGGGAACCAACGAGGACAUGAUGCACGGAAACAUUCGAAAAGAGAGAAAUAAGACACUGACUGCAAUCCAACAAUUGUGUGACG